UGCCAAAUGGGCCGAAAGACCAGAAUUACUCCUCAUUCCAGAGUUACACUAGUCCCAUGACAUCUUCGAUGGCCGCGGCUGCAGCUGCUUCUGACCCGUAUAUGUCGUCUUACUAUAUGACCUCAACUCCUUACCAGGCAUUCGGCGUUGGAGACGGCACUUGGAGUAAUGGGGGUGACCACAUGCAGACUUUCCUCGGAGGUUAUGGCGGACAGAUGGGAUAUGACUCACACAGUGCCAUUGAUGGCAUGUUCAGUAGUGGCAGUUUUGGUGGCUUCAACCCUCCCGGCUUUAACUAUGGUUUUCAUGGGAAUGGUGACUACAAUGCAUGGGGAGGGUCAGAGGUUCGUGGAGGGAACAAGCAGUACGACGACUACUACCAGCGAGAUAAUGUCUACACAGAUGAACGUGUAAAAGCUUUGGAUCAAGGUGUAGAGGGACUAACUCUUGCUGACCCCAAAACAGGUCAGGAUUUGCCUAGGGAAGGUGGACCUGGAGCUAAUAAAAAUGCAGCCACUAAUGGGAGUGGGGGAGUUGAAGUUAAGGCUAGUGGGGCCAGCAGUCCAGGAGGAGAAACAUCAGUUGGACUCGGGCAACCAAAGAAGGGUAUGUCUUGGGCUAGUAUUGCCUCCCAGCCAGCCAAGCCUCAACCAAAUAGACGGCGAGACAAGACUACAAUGUCCUCCAUUGUACCUGGUCGUCAUAUGGACAUUGGAACCUGGGAGGGGAAGAAUGGAGGUGGACCGAAACCCGUUGCACCCCCACCUGUCCCCCGCCCUGCAUGGGAAGCUCCACGAGGAGGCACGCGAUCCACUACCUCUGCUUCAUACUCUACCCCACCACCUCGCACCCCACCCCAGGUGCCUCAGCCUCAGCAAGUGCAGCAGCCAGGUCAACCACAACAGCAGCAACAACAACAGCAACAACAGCAGCAGCAGCAACAGCAGCAGCUGCAGGCAUCCCCACAACAGCAUCAGCAGCAACAGCAGUCACUCCAGCAACACCCACACCAGCAGCACAUGCAUCCUCAGCAGCAACACCAGUCACAUCAGCAACAUCAGCACCAGCAGCACCAGCACCAGCACCAGCAGCACCAGAACCAACAACUGCAACAGCAGUUGCCUCCAUCACCCCAGCAGCAGCAACCCCCUCAAGCACCCAUGCUUGCGGGAGGAGGAAUGCACUCCAACAUGGAACUUGCCCCGUCACCUCAGAGUGGGCCACCGGUACCUGUGUCCCGGCCCAUGUCUCAUGCCCCAGGACAGAUUAACGAGCUACAGACAGAUGAUGGUAUCUUGGAAGACUUGCGAAUGCGCAAUGACUACAACCCUAAGGAUUUUGACCUUAGUCCUAAAAAUGCACGUUUCUUUGUGAUUAAAUCUUAUUCAGAGGACGAUAUUCACCGUUCUAUCAAAUAUGAGAUAUGGUGCUCCACAGAACACGGCAACAAGCGUCUUGACUCUGCUUUCCGUGAAAGAGAGGGUAAGGGGCCAGUGUACCUUUUCUUCUCAGUGAAUGGAUCUGGACAUUUUUGUGGAUUAGCCCACAUGAUUUCCACUGUAGACUACAACUCAUCAUCAUCAGUGUGGGCCCAAGACAAAUGGAAAGGCCAGUUUCGAGUGAAGUGGAUAUUUGUAAAGGACGUUCCAAAUAGCCAACUGCGGCACAUUCGGCUGGAGAACAAUGAGAACAAACCUGUAACAAAUUCUCGUGACACCCAGGAGGUGCCAUAUGAAAAGGGAAAACAGGUUUUGAAGAUAAUCAUCCAGUACCGCCACACCACCUCCAUCUUUGAUGACUUUCUCCACUAUGAAAAGCGUCAGGAAGAGACGGAGACCCGCAGGCAUCCUAAUACUUAUAAGGAUAUGGAAAGAGGUGAUGAUCGACGUGGUGACCGUAGCUUAGAGCACCGAGACCACAGGGAUCACCGAGAUCCCCCCAGGGACCAUCGAGACCACCGUGAUAGCCGUGACCACCGUGAUGGCCGUGACCAUAGGGAUGGCCGUGACCACCGUGAUCACCGAGACCACAGGGAGCACCACCGGGGGGGCAUGGGUGGGGGACGUGGCCGAGGGGGGCACCACCAUCAUCACCGUGGCGGACGCAACUAAUCACAGACUUGGCAAAGCCACAGUGUAAUAACCCUGCAGAGGUGAACAUUGAGGGAUGUCAUCUGUGGUUUAAAAAACUUGCUAGAGAACAGAUUUGCUAGAUGAAACUAGCAGAGUGGAUGUUAAAAACAAAGCAAAAGAGAAAGCAAAAAAGUUAUUAAUUAUUAAUUGGCUUUAAUAUGAUCAUGUUUAAAAUAUAUAUUGCUGGACAAUCUAAUCUUACGAAGUUUUGCAGUCAGUAGACUUCAGACCAUUAAGACUUUUUUUCUAUUUCUUUUUUUUUUUUUGCAAUGAAGUGAAGAAAAUCUUACUUCAUGAAGGACUGACUGAUUGAGUGAGGUUUGAAAGACUUUUGAGCCUCAAAGUGUCUGCCAUUUGGAAAUUAUGAUUGAACAUAAUGCUAUCACUUGAAAACUGAUAUUGCACUGCAUGUGACCAAAUACAGUAAUAACAUGUCCAGCCAUGAAUACUGCGCCAUAAUUGUGAGAAGUGUAGCAGUGCACUGAAACACUGUUUUCGUCCACUGUUCAAGUUUAGACAGGCACCUGUUAGCACUCAAACUACACCAGCCUGAGGAUCAGCUUAAGUGAUAUCACAGAGUAAAAAUAACUUCACACGAUUGUCACUGUUCCUUGAGGAACACUUUGGCAUUCAAGAACUGCAAUGAAUAUGCCACUGUCAUUGUUAUUAUUUUGUUUCUUUCACUGUUGUGGUUAGGGGAAUGGAACACAAUAUAUAUAUUUAAUCUAAUCCUCCUAUAAUCCUACAACCGCGGCUUGUAUAGGCGAGCCGGAUGACCGCCAGAGCCCACCCGGGGGACCUGAACUACCAAGCAAAAGGCGAGAGCAGCGGCCCCCAUACCAGCGAAACCCACUUACCUCUCUUUUUAUCUUUUUUUUUUCUCUUUCUCUCUCAACAUUCAUCAUUUAUGAAUUUAUGGAUGUUUUCUUUUUUUCUUUUUCUUUUUUUUUCUUUUUUAUUAUAAUCAAACUUUCUACAAGUUUGCCUGUGAUUGGGUCCAUGGGGGAUUUCUGUGAAUAAAAAAUAUAUAAGAAUAAAAAUAAGUGAGCAUUUCCAGUUUUUGUCAAAUAACAACAGUGACAUUGGAAAGUGCAUUGUGGAAGGAAAGUCUGUGUGAUUUUGUUGAAUAAAGAAGUGGUGGUUUUGAGAAAAAAAAAAUUGAGAGUUAUUUUGAUGAGAACUGGAUGAUGUUAGGGAUAUUCAUAUCAUUGGCUCGGGAUAUUAAGAGAGUGACAAAUAAGGAAAAAGAUGAAAUGUA